AUGUCUAAGGGACCUGCAGUCGGUGUUGACCUUGGCACCACCUACUCCUGUGUGGGCGUCUUCCAGCACGGGAAGGUGGAGAUAAUUGCCAAUGACCAGGGUAACCGAACCACACCGAGCUAUGUGGCUUUUACUGACACGGAACGAUUGAUUGGGGAUGCUGCGAAGAAUCAGGUUGCGAUGAACCCCACCAAUACAGUUUUUGAUGCCAAACGUCUGAUCGGACGUAGGUUUGAUGAUGCUGUUGUACAGUCUGACAUGAAGCACUGGCCCUUCAUGGUGGUGAACGGUGCAGGCAGGCCCAAGGUCCAAGUAGAGUACAAAGGAGAGACAAAAAGCUUCUACCCAGAGGAGGUGUCCUCUAUGGUUCUGACUAAGAUGAAGGAGAUUGCAGAAGCUUAUCUGGGGAAGACGGUUACCAGUGCUGUGGUCACAGUGCCAGCCUACUUCAAUGACUCUCAGCGCCAGGCAACAAAAGAUGCUGGAACUAUUGCUGGCCUCAAUGUGCUUCGAAUUAUCAACGAGCCGACUGCUGCUGCUAUUGCCUAUGGGCUAGAUAAGAAGGUUGGAGCUGAAAGGAAUGUGCUGAUCUUUGACUUGGGAGGUGGCACAAUUGAGGAUGGAAUUUUUGAAGUCAAAUCAACAGCUGGAGACACCCACUUGGGUGGAGAAGACUUUGACAACAGGAUGGUCAACCAUUUCAUUGCUGAGUUUAAACGAAAGCACAAGAAGGACAUCAGUGAGAACAAGAGAGCUGUCAGGCGCCUGCGUACUGCCUGUGAACGGGCAAAGCGCACCCUCUCCUCCAGCACCCAGGCCAGUAUUGAGAUUGAUUCUCUCUAUGAGGGAAUCGACUUCUAUACCUCCAUUACUCGUGCUCGAUUUGAAGAAUUAAAUGCUGACCUGUUCCGGGGCACUCUGGACCCUGUAGAAAAGGCCCUUCGAGAUGCCAAACUAGACAAGUCUCAGAUCCAUGAUCUUGUCCUGGUGGGUGGUUCUACCAGAAUCCCCAAGAUUCAGAAGCUUCUGCAGGACUUCUUCAAUGGAAAAGAGCUGAACAAGAGCAUCAACCCUGAUGAAGCUGUUGCUUAUGGUGCAGCUGUCCAGGCAGCCAUUCUAUCUGGAGACAAGUCUGAGAAUGUUCAGGAUUUGCUGCUCUUGGAUGUCACUCCUCUUUCCCUUGGUAUUGAAACUGCUGGUGGAGUCAUGAAUGUCCUCAUCAAGCGCAAUACCACCAUCCCUACCAAGCAGACCCAGACUUUCACCACCUACUCUGAUAACCAGCCGGGUGUGCUCAUUCAGGUGUAUGAAGGUGAACGAGCCAUGACCAAGGAUAACAACCUGCUUGGAAAGUUUGAACUUAAAGGCAUCCCUCCAGCACCCCGUGGUGUUCCCCAGAUUGAAGUCACUUUUGACAUCGAUGCCAAUGGCAUCCUCAAUGUUUCUGCUGUAGAUAAGAGCACAGGCAAGGAGAACAAGAUCACCAUCACCAAUGACAAGGGCCACUUGAGCAAGGAGGAUAUUGAGCGCAUGAUCCAGGAAGCUGAGAAAUACAAAGCUGAAGAUGAAAAGCAGAGAGAUAAGGUUUCCUCCAAGAAUUCCCUGGAGUCUUAUGCUUUCAACAUGAAGGCAACAGUUGAAGAUGAGAAACUUCAAGGAAAAAUCAAUGAUGAAGACAAGCAGAAGAUCCUAGACAAGUGCAAAGAGAUCAUCAGUUGGCUGGAUAAGAAUCAGACUGCAGAGAAGGAAGAAUAUGAACACCAGCAGAAGGAACUGGAGAAAGUCUGCAACCCCAUUAUUACCAAGCUGUACCAGACUGCUGGUGGGAUGCCUGGAGGAAUGCCUGGCGGCUUCCCUGGUGGAGGAGCUCCUCCAUCUGGUGGUGCUUCUUCAGGGCCCACCAUUGAAGAGGUGGAUUAAGUCAGUCCAAGUAGACAUGUAGCAUUUGUUCCACAGGGAAACAUUUGAAGGACCCAAAUUUAGCAAGUUUCAUGGCAGUUUCAAAUUCAAACUGCUACAAUAAAUUUACUGGGCAUUCUCAA